UGAUGAUGUGUUUCUGUUGUGUAUGUGAGUGAUGUCUCCGCCAUUGAAUUUCAUUUUAACCGAGAAUUGAAAUAGGUUGUGCCUUUUAAAUCGGAAAAUAUCCUAACGAUCCUACUUCUUUAAUUAAAUAUACUUAGACAUAUUCCGUGCACAAACAUUAUAUCCGAUGGCAGACAGAGACACAGAUGAGUUAAACAUUGAUAACGUAAUAAAAAAAUUACUAAAAGUCCGGGGCGAAAAGCCUGGCAUGAAUGUACAGUUAACGGAAGUGGAGAUAAAAGGGCUAUGCUUGAAAUCUCGGGAAAUAUUCCUCUCACAACCUAUAUUACUUGAACUAGAAGCACCAUUGAAAAUAUGCGGUGACAUCCACGGCCAGUACUACGACCUGCUGCGGCUGUUUGAAUAUGGUGGUUUCCCACCAGAGUCCAAUUAUCUCUUCCUCGGUGACUAUGUGGACCGUGGCAAGCAGUCACUCGAGACGAUAUGCCUUUUGCUCGCUUAUAAGAUUAAGUAUCCCGAGAACUUCUUUCUGCUGAGAGGGAACCAUGAGUGUGCGAGCAUUAAUAGGAUUUAUGGGUUCUACGAUGAGUGCAAGAGGAGGUACAACAUUAAGUUAUGGAAGACAUUCACAGACUGCUUUAACUGCUUACCCGUUGCGGCGAUCGUGGACGAAAAAAUAUUCUGUUGCCACGGAGGCCUGUCCCCCGACCUCCAAGCGAUGGAGCAGAUCCGUCGCAUCAUGCGGCCCACGGACGUGCCCGACCAGGGGCUGCUGUGCGACCUGCUCUGGUCCGACCCGGACAAGGACGUCACCGGGUGGGGGGAGAACGAUCGUGGGGUCAGCUUCACGUUCGGCACUGAGAUAGUGGGCAAGUUCCUGUCGAAGCACGAGUUCGACCUGAUCUGCCGCGCGCACCAGGUGGUGGAGGACGGCUACGAGUUCUUCGCCAAGCGGCAGCUGGUCACCUUGUUCAGCGCGCCCAACUAUUGCGGCGAGUUUGACAAUGCCGGCGCGCUGAUGUCCGUGGACGAGACGCUGAUGUGCUCGUUCCAGAUCCUGAAGCCGGCCGACAAGCGCAAGCUGUACUCCGGCCUCAACAUGGGCCGCCCCAACACUCCGCCCCGCGCACAGCCCAAGAGCAAGAAGAACUAGCCCCUGAACGCGAAGAUCGACUACAACCCGCAUGGAUUCCCGCUACAUUAGCUUACCUGCGACAUAUAUUUACUGAUAGCUCACAAAUUAACCCUAAAAUACUGCUUUACACAAUA